GAACUCUCCUCGCAACGUCGGGAACUCGGCAAGAUACAUUGGGUGGCCUGAUAUCUUCAGGACAAUAGACUCUCCGGCAUCAAAAACGAUCCCACCAGGCCAUAUACUUGUCUCUAUACGAGCAACUGUUCCAGGCGGGAUUCUUUCCUCGACAAGAUGCUUGUGUCGGAUGAAGUGUGGCGUCGAGAGCUUCUCAUCGAUUGCGCGAUGACUGGCUCGGAUCUGACCAUGUGGACCGAGAUACACGAGAGUGUUUACCAUUGGCAAAUUGUCGUCUGAAAGUCCUUGGGCUUCUAUAUCUUCUUUCGGAAUAUUGUGAUACUGCAACAUCUUGCCCGAUGCAUCUUCUUUGCGAAUCUGCAAAAAGAUAUCCAUAUCAUCGGCAUCAUCGCAAGACAUCCAUAGGACCGUCUUUGGCGCACCAAGGAGAUACGUCCGUCUGGUGAAGGUAUAUCUGAAACGCACUUCUCCCGGGUCGUUGUCCAUUUGGAAGGCCGGCAGGUCGGAUUGGUACUGCACAACAGCUUUUUCUGAAGGCGAAUUCUCCAACAGCCGUUCUCCAGGAGCUAGGAACAUGGUCUUGUAUGUAGUCCCCGAGACUGGCCAGCUGGGAACUGGUAGGUUUACAAUGUUCGGCUUUCAGCGUCAGUCUGGUGCGGUUUGCAAAGGAAGCAGUGCUUACUAGAUUAUAACCCAGGAGUGAAAUUCGGACUUUGGGAAGCUUUUCCAACUCAUUGUCGAUGCCCUUUGCGUAACGGUCGAAAAAGAGUUGAAGCUCAUCAUUGUUGCUUGGCUGAUAGAGAUCGUGCCAUUCUUGUGUCGUGUGGAUUCGAAGCCUGUCAACAAACCGUCUGGUCAGCAAUCAAGCCUCCUGGCUCUCAGGGAUACUGCGAUCACGGAAUGACGAACCACUUGUUCUGGUUUGGGAGUUCCUCAAAGCCACGCAGGCUACCAGGCAAGUGUAGCAUUGUUGAAUAACUGGCUAACACAUAUGCAGGUACCUCGAUUUGGUGGAUCUUUGCUCUCUUGUCAAGCCAAUAGUCGUUAAUAACGGGGUAUUUUCUCAGCAUGGCGACAGGGUCCUCCAGUCUUUCUCUCCCUAUUUAGUGUCUCAGCGCCAUGGCUCUGGAGAGUUGAUGGUGUCGAAAGGAGUACAAGCUUCUAGCCAGAUGGGUCACUUACCGUGGAAGCCGUUCAUCAUCCAUUCCAGGAAAGGCUCACAUGAAAUUCCACCCCUGACGUGGAUUUCUCGAUAAAGAUCAGUGGAAGCCUCCAGAGGGGCAAUACACUUGAGAGAUGGAGGUCUUUGAGCAGCAAUGUACCACUGCGAGCGACCCAACCAAGAAUUCCCUAUCAAGCAGACACUACCGUUGCACCAGGGUUGACUCGCGAUCCACUCGAUAGCAUCAUACCCGUCACGACCUUCCUGGUCUCCGGCCCAGCUGGUGUGGGUGUUAGCAUGGUCGUGCGACAUAGAUGGCUUUACAAACCAUAGGUAACCCUCAGAAUCCCAUGAGCCUCUCGAGUCAAUGUUGACCACUGCAUAACCUCGUUUUGUCCACUCAGCAGGGUCUGGACCUUCGAAUUUCUCAAACCCAGAGAGAUUUGACUUUGGGAUACCCAUACUGCCCGGCAUGUCUGUCAAAUUCAUUCCUGUCACGAGUCAGCCAUAUGUAACACAACUUGUCAUCAAACAGAUUCUUGGGUUAUAUACCUCGACCCGACUUCCCAUAAGGACUCCAAGGCAACAACACCGGCACAGUCUCCUUUGCGUCGGGCCUGAAUAUGUCGCAUUUGAGGAUGGUGCCAUCUCGCACUCUAAUGUCGACGUUCUUCUCAAAGAUUGUCUGCGUUGAGAAAGCGCGAUUCUCAGGCGUCUUCUUGAACCCCACUGGUAGCACUUUUACUGAGUGUUCGUCGCCAUCAUAUCGUGGGUGUGACGCAGGAUCUUUGAGACUUCUAAACAACAGCUCGAUUUCGCCCGUCUUGACUGGGCCAAGCUUGCCAUUUCCGGGUGCCAUGGCUCGAAGAUUCACUGAAAUACUUCGAUCACUACCACGUAUGCUUGAUGCCCACAGGGAAAGAAGUCGUUGCUUUGGCUGUCCCUAGGUCUCCAAUCCAAGUGUCAAUUCAAAAGUGGACAUUGAACAACCGAAGAGUCUCCGAAACUCCUGGAGACAGCCUCAACCAGAAGCGUAGCGGCCGUGCCUUCUCUAAGGUUCGCUGGACGGCGAAUUCACAAUUGGCUGGGGUGCUUUCCCACCGGGGACAGAAAAACAGCCUCGUUGCAAAGAGACCUCUCGCAGUGUCUGGAUACCCCGACCCUCCCCCACUUCAGCUCCGUCUGGGGGAUUCAGGACGACAAGGCACGAGGAAGAGUGGGACAUUUCGCCUCAAUCGGAACACCGAAGGGCCGAAGCAAUUCCGCAAUCAUAGAUUUCGGGGUAGGAAGCUUGAUCGAAAUUCCACGUCUAGCCGCGAGCCUGGAGUCCGAGUACGGGUUGAAAAAGAAAGAUACGUACCGAAGUCGAGAAAUUCUACAUCACCCCAUUCUUUGGUUCAAGGAUAUCUUUCAGAGUCCUUCAAGAGAAUCAUCAUGAUUACUCUACGUCCACUCAAACGCUUCGUAACCGAAAAUAACGCACAAGGCAAGGCGGUCUUCUCCAAGCAAAUCGACGAGGAUUUAGCUAUGAACGAACUCAAACAACUUCCUCUGCAGGGCAGCUCCCUGCCAGCGAAAAUGGGUCUCGGAUAUGCUACGAAUGAAUUUCCUGCCAAGCUAGCGGGCGCAAAAGAUGUCAAAACAUACGAGGGAUACCUCAAGAAAGGUCCUGGUAUAUCCAUCGAUAAUGGAACAGUGUUCCGAUUCCUCGACUUUCCACCUGGUUCGAUCUCAGAGAUGCAUAGAACCAAGAGUCUCGACUAUGGCGUUGUCAUCGAAGGAUCGGUAGUAGCAGGGCUGGAUUCUGGAGAGACAAGGGUGCUUCAUCGUGGCGACAGCUGCGUCCAAAGGGCCACAAAUCAUGACUGGAAAAACGCGAGCGAUACUGAAUGGGCGCGUGUGAUGUUUGUCCUGCUAGACACAGAGCCAGAUUGGGAUUCUUCUGAGGGGAACUUCAGGAACGAAUAGACUCAGUCGAGAGGGUCAAAUAAUACUAGAUUAUGACCUCGAUAACUCGUUUUA